CUUCCCCUUCUUUUCCCAUCUAAUUAAAUAUGUCUACCGAUAUUAAGAAACCCAAGUUUGGUUCUGCAAAUGCCUCUAUUUAUAAGUAUAUUUCGGGUAACUUUUAUCACCCCAAUACUCGUUUUGAAGAUCUUCAAGGCCUUAGUAUCAACAAGAGUGGCGACUGUGACCUUAUUCAAGCUAAUACGAAGUUGAUUGCUGUACCUCUCUCUGGACCUGGUGGACGCGUGGGCAUCAUCAAUACCGAGAAACCAGGCAGACUUCCUAUUCAUGUGCCAAGCAUUCUCUGUAAUUCAGAAGUAACUAAUUUUAGAUUCGAUCCAUUCAAUGAUAAUAUUCUCGUCACUGUAUCAAAUGACAAUAAAAUCCGUGUAUGGGAGAUCCCUGAAGGCGGCAUCGAAGAAGAUAUGGCCGAGCCAAAAGCUGUCUUACAAGCUGGAUCCAUGGACAAGGUGCAUUUGCUUGAAUUUCAUCCCACAACUAAAAACGUCUUGUUAACCGCUUCAGACGACUUGGGCCAUCCUACUAUCCGUAUUUGGGAUCUACAAACACAAAAGGAAGAAAUCGCCUUGAAAACACAACACCAUGAUGUCAUUUUCAGCUGUAGUUGGAGUCCCGAUGGUACACAGAUUGCCACAACCACAAAAGAAAAGAAGAUCCGAGUAUUGGAUGCACGCACAGGUGAUAUUGUAGCAGAAGGAACUUCACACAACAGCAUUCGUCCUUCUCGCUUAGAUUGGCUCGAUAAUAAUUUGUUGAUCAGUACAGGGUUUGGUUUAGGCUCGACUCGUGAAGUCUUGUUGUUUAACAAGCAAGAUCUAUCAAAGCCUUUGCAUAGCAAGACCAUUGAUGUCUCGCCAAGUGUAAUGAGUACUCACUAUGACCCUGAUUGCCAAGUAUUGUUUGUUGCUGGCCGAGGUGAUCGUACUAUUCAUACUUUCCACGUAGAAGAUAAUGCAUUGGCUGUGCUUGCUAAAAUUGAAGCCAGUUCAUUACAACAAGGCUUUGCUUUUUUGCCAAAACGUGCCUGUAAUGUCAAGGAGGUUGAGAUUGACAAGUUUUAUCGUUUGACACCUACCAAUAUUGAAGUGGUGGGUGUUCGAGUACCUCGCGCUAGACCUGAAUUCUUCCAAGACGAUAUUUUUGUGCCUACAUUAGACACAGAACAUCCUGCUCAAGAUGCAGCCAAUUGGUUCAAGAAUGAAAACAAGCAAUUGAACCGUAUCUCUCUACAACCCAAUGACAUGUCACCAUUAUCUACAGCUCCUCCCCCAGCUUCUCAAGCACAAUCAAAAGCCAAGUUUGAAAUGGGUAAGCGAUAUGUGAGUGAAGAGCAGAGAAAGAAAGAGCAAAUGGAACGCAUGUUUUCUAUUGCCAAGAAUAUAGAAGGAGAUGAUGAUAUUAGACCAAAGACAACCAAUCCUGAAGAUGAAGAAGUUGCUGAUGAAGAAUGGGACGAUUAAUAUUGUAUAAAAACUAUUUUUUUUUAUUAGAAUAUGUGC